AUGCCUGUGGUGCCAGUGGGCGGGACAUCCUCCUCCCACCGUGUUGUACCUGUUGCCCUCACCUGCUCGUGGCUGUUUCUGCUCUUUCACAUUACCUUUGGUGAGAAACCUGCCAAACUGCCCUUGAUCAAUCGGAAGCCCUUCAUCGCGGCCUGGAACGCCCCUCUCGACAUGUGCACCAUCAAGUACAAUGUCACCGCCAACCUCGACCGUCUUUUCCACAUCCAUGGGAGCCCACGUGCUGGUUGGACAGGCCAGAAUGUCACCAUUUUCUAUGCGAACCGGCUGGGAAACUACCCUUACUACACCCCGCACGGCGACCCUGUGCAUGGAGGCCUACCACAGAACUGCAGCCUGGACAUGCACCUGCUGAAGGCCUACCAGGACAUCAACCACUUCAUCCCUGCAGAGGACUUCCGUGGCUUGGCUGUCAUCGACUGGGAGUACUGGCGGCCUCAGUGGAGCCGUAACUGGCACAAAAAGGACAUCUACCGGCAAAAGUCUAGGGAGCUGACCGCCAAGGCUUACGUCAACGUGACGGCGGCGCAGGUGGAGGAGCUGGCACGGCGGAGAUUUGAGAAGAGUGCCAGGGCAUUCAUGCAGAGGACUAUUCAGCUGGGGACACGCCUUCGCCCCAAUGGGCUCUGGGGUUUCUACCUCUACCCUGACUGCCACAACUACAACAUGCAUGAUCAGAACUACACAGGCUUCUGCCCCCUGCUGGAGAGCAUGAGGAACGACGAGCUGGGGUGGUUGUGGAACAGCAGCACGGCGCUCUUUCCCUCGGUGGCAAUCAGGAAAAGUCACACAAACAGUAUUGGCAACCUUCACUUCUCCCAGCACAGGAUCAGAGAGUCGCUCCGUGUUGCCUCGCUUACCUCGAAAGAGUAUGACCUCCCCACAUACGUGUACCUGAGGCUGGGAUACCGGGAUGAGGCCAUGGCCUUCCUCACAGCAAAAGACUUGAUCCACACCAUCGGGGAGAGUGCUGCUCUGGGUGCUGCGGGAUUUGUCAUUUGGGGCGACCUGAACUUGACCUCAUCCAGGUCUAACUGCUCCAAAGUGAAGACAUUCCUGAGCUACCGCCUGGGUAAGUACAUCAUGAACGUGACGCGAGCAGCUGAGGUCUGCAGCGACUUCUUGUGCCAGAGCAACGGCCGCUGCGUCCGGCGGGACCCCCGCGCCCGCCAUUAUCUCCACCUGAGCGCCAAAAGCUACAAAAUCAGUUCCUCUAGCAAUGUGGAGUUCACUGUCACCGGGUGGCACUCUCAACACGACCUGCAGCUGCUGACAGAGAGGUUUCGCUGUCACUGUUACGAAGGUCACGAGGGCGAAACCUGCGAAAGCAUCAACAAAGUGAAGGAGGAUGAUGGGCCGUGGAGGGAGGGGGAGAAGGACGAGCAGGAGAGGAGGAGGACGGAGUGGGAGUUCGAGCAGGAUGAACAACGGGAAAUAGGGAAGAGUGCGGCGCCCCCAGGUGGCUUCAGCCUUCACAUCAUGUUGCUGCUGCUCCUGUUAAACUUAGCGUUUGUAAAGACAGUCGUAUGA